CAGCACUUCCUCUGAGCCAUGGAGCGCCUGAAGCUGGUCCUGCAGUACUUCCAGUCCAACUCGGAGUCCAUCUCCAACGGGAUCUGCAUCGUCCUGGCCCUGGUCAGCGUCAAGCUCUACACCAGCUUCGACUUCAACUGCCCCUGCCUGCCGCAGUACAACAAGCUCUACUCGCUGGGCGUCAUGGUCGUCCCGCCCAUCAUCCUCUUCUUCCUGGGGGUCCUGGUCAACCGGCACACGGGCGUCAUGAUGGACGAGUGGAUGAGGCCGACCGGAAACAGGUCCAAGAACCCUGCGGUGGUGAAGUAUCUCUUCUCAGCCAUGAUCCAGCGGGCCCUGCUGGCCCCCAUGGUCUGGAUCCUGGUCACUCUGCUGGACGGCAAGAUCUUCAUCUGCGCCUUCAGCAUGAGUGUGGACCCUGCUCUCUUCUCAGGCCUGCCGAACAGCACGGGGCUGGACGUGGUCCGGGUCAUGGCCAAGGUGCCCUGUAAGGAGGACGUCAUCUUCAGGAACAGCUCCUUUCGCAAAGCGGUGUCGCGAUACGUCCGCUGCUACUCCCAGGCCGUGGGCUGGUCCAUCCUGCUGCUCCUCAUCGCGCUGGGAGCGCUGGCCCGCCUCGUCAAGCCCUGCUUCGACGACCACGCCACCUUCCUGCAGACCCGCUACUGGAGCAACUACCUGGACGUGGAGCAGAAGCUGUUCGACGAGACCUGCGUCCUGCACGCCCGGGACUUCGCCAGGAAGUGCGUGGUGCAGUUCUUCGAGGACGUGACGGAGGACGCCGUCCUCCGCCUGCCCCACCCCCCCUUCAUCGGCAGCGGCAGUGAGGAGUGGGAGCGGGACGGGGAGGAGGAGCGGCUCCACGGCGUGACCCGGCAGGACCAGGUGGACCGGCUGCUCAACCGGUGGUUCCACGACAAGCCCGAGCUGGACGUGACCCGGGUGGCUCACAGACCCCGGCCCUGCGUGACCUGGGAGGACCGGCAGGGCCGCACGCUGUACUCCGACGUGUAGGACGCCGUCCUCACGGACAGGAAGCCGGAGGGUCAGGUCAGAUAACGGCAGCACCGCCCACAGCUCCGCCUCCUCGACAGCACCGCCCACCCUCAGUCUGCACAGCGGGGCCAAACCUGUGGUCCCAGGGCCCAGACUAGCUCCACAGAGGUUCCACCAGGUCCACAUGGAGACGGAGGGAGCCAGGCAGGACAGGCCAGGGUGUGUGUGUGUGUGUGUGUGUGUGUGUGUGUGUGUG